GAUAUCGGGUUAGAAUUCUACCAGGCUGUGCGGGUAGCGGGCAGGGGCUGCAGUUCCAGGACUCCUGAGCUCCACGAGGCGCAUUAGAUACUGGAAAUAGCUGCUCAGUGAAGAGCCUAGGGAGAGGCUUCCAGGGGUGCUCACGGAUAAACAGAAACUGGGAAAGAAUGCAAGUCGGGAGGCCCCAACAGUCCCAAGGCCUCCACUAGCAUCCUAUGACAAGUGACAGGCAGGACCCGUUCGUUCUUCUGCAGGCUACAAGAAGGCAGAGGAUGAGAUGUCCCGGGCCACGUCUGUUGGAGACCAGCUGGAGGCACCGGCCCGCACCAUUUACCUCAACCAACCGCAUCUCAACAAAUUCCGCGACAACCAGAUCAGUACAGCCAAGUACAGCGUGUUGACAUUUCUACCUCGAUUCUUGUACGAGCAGAUUAGAAGAGCUGCUAAUGCCUUCUUCCUCUUCAUUGCCUUAUUACAGCAAAUUCCAGAUGUAUCUCCAACAGGAAGAUAUACCACCCUGGUGCCGUUGAUCAUUAUUUUAACAAUUGCAGGCAUCAAAGAGAUCGUAGAAGAUUUUAAACGACAUAAGGCAGACAAUGCAGUUAACAAAAAGAAAACAAUAGUGUUAAGAAAUGGUAUGUGGCAUACCAUUGUGUGGAAAGAGGUGGCAGUAGGAGACAUCGUGAAAGUCCUCAAUGGGCAGUAUCUUCCAGCAGACAUGGUCCUGUUCUCUUCCAGUGAACCUCAGGCAAUGUGUUACAUUGAAACAGCUAAUCUAGAUGGGGAAACGAACCUUAAGAUACGUCAGGGCUUGAGCCACACUGCUGACAUGCAGACGAGGGAGGUGCUGAUGAAGUUGUCUGGAACUAUAGAAUGUGAAGGGCCCAAUCGUCACCUCUAUGACUUCACUGGGACCUUGAACUUGGAUGGGAAAAGCCCUGUUCCCCUUGGGCCUGACCAGAUCUUAUUAAGAGGUACACAGCUUAGAAAUACUCAGUGGGUCUUUGGCAUAGUUGUUUAUACUGGACACGACACCAAACUCAUGCAGAAUUCGACCAAAGCACCUCUCAAGAGAUCGAAUGUUGAGAAAGUAACCAACGUGCAGAUUCUGGUGUUGUUUGGCAUCCUCUUGGUCAUGGCCCUAGUGAGCUCCGUGGGGGCCCUGUACUGGAACAGGUCUCACGGUGGAAAGAACUGGUACAUCAAGAAGAUGGACACAAGCUCGGAUAAUUUUGGAUACAACCUGUUGACGUUCAUCAUCUUAUACAACAAUCUUAUUCCCAUCAGUCUGCUGGUGACUCUUGAGGUUGUGAAAUACACACAAGCUCUCUUCAUCAACUGGGACACAGAUAUGUAUUAUAUAGAAAAUGACACUCCCGCAAUGGCCAGAACAUCAAACCUUAAUGAAGAACUCGGGCAGGUAAAGUAUCUGUUUUCUGACAAGACUGGAACUCUGACAUGCAAUAUCAUGAACUUCAAAAAGUGUAGCAUAGCAGGAGUAACCUAUGGGCAUUUCCCAGAACUAACUAGAGAGCCAUCCUCAGAUGACUUCUCUCGGAUGCCUCCUCCCCCUAGUGAUUCUUGUGACUUUAAUGAUCCCCGGCUGCUGAAAAAUAUUGAAGAUCACCAUCCUACAGCCCCCUGCAUACAGGAGUUCCUCACCCUGCUGGCUGUGUGCCACACUGUCGUUCCCGAGAAGGAUGGAGAGGAGAUCAUCUACCAGGCUUCCUCCCCAGAUGAAGCUGCUUUGGUGAAAGGAGCUAAGAAGCUGGGCUUCGUCUUCACAGCCAGAACACCGUACUCUGUCAUCAUAGAAGCGAUGGGACAGGAACAGACAUUUGGAAUCCUCAAUGUCUUGGAAUUUUCCAGUGACAGAAAAAGGAUGUCUGUAAUUGUCCGAACUCCUUCAGGACAACUUCGACUGUACUGUAAAGGGGCUGAUAAUGUAAUUUUUGAAAGGCUUUCAAAAGAUUCAAAGUACAUGGAGGAAACGUUAUGCCAUCUGGAAUAUUUUGCCACAGAAGGCUUGCGGACUCUCUGUGUGGCCUAUGCUGAUCUCUCUGAAGCUGAUUAUGAGGAGUGGCUGAAAGUCUAUCAAGAAGCCAGCAUCAUAUUGAAAGACAGAGCUCAAAGGUUGGAAGAGUGUUAUGAGAUUAUUGAGAAGAAUUUACUAUUACUUGGAGCCACAGCCAUAGAAGACCGCCUUCAGGCUGGUGUUCCAGAAACCAUAGCAACUCUAUUGAAGGCAGAAAUUAAGAUAUGGGUGUUGACAGGAGACAAACAAGAAACUGCAAUUAACAUAGGGUAUUCCUGCCGAUUGGUGUCACAAAACAUGGCCCUUAUCCUACUGAAGGAGGAUUCUUUGGAUGCAACAAGAGCAGCCAUCACUCAGCACUGCACUGACCUCGGGAAUCUGCUGGGCAAGGAAAAUGAUGUGGCUCUCAUCAUCGACGGCCACACCCUGAAGUACGCGCUGUCCUUCGAGGUCCGCAGGAGCUUCCUGGACUUGGCGCUGUCCUGUAAAGCGGUCAUUUGCUGCAGAGUGUCUCCUCUGCAGAAGUCUGAGAUAGUGGACGUAGUGAAGAAGCGGGUGAAGGCUAUCACUCUUGCUAUUGGGGAUGGUGCCAAUGACGUUGGGAUGAUCCAGACAGCCCAUGUGGGAGUAGGGAUCAGUGGCAAUGAGGGCAUGCAAGCCACCAACAACUCGGAUUACGCCAUUGCACAGUUUUCCUACUUGGAGAAGUUGCUGUUGGUUCAUGGAGCCUGGAGCUACAACCGGGUGACCAAGUGCAUAUUGUACUGUUUCUAUAAGAACGUGGUUCUCUACAUCAUUGAGCUUUGGUUCGCCUUUGUUAAUGGAUUUUCUGGGCAGAUUUUAUUUGAACGUUGGUGCAUCGGCUUGUACAAUGUGAUUUUCACUGCAUUGCCACCCUUCACUCUUGGAAUCUUUGAGCGGUCAUGCACUCAGGAGAGCAUGCUCAGGUUUCCACAGCUCUACAAAAUCACCCAGAAUGCUGAAGGCUUCAACACAAAGGUUUUCUGGGGUCACUGCAUCAAUGCCUUGGUCCACUCCCUCAUCCUCUUCUGGUUUCCCAUGAAAGCACUGGAACAUGAUGCUCCCUUGUCCAGUGGUCAUGCUACAGACUAUUUAUUUGUUGGAAAUAUUGUUUACACGUAUGUUGUGGUUACAGUUUGUCUGAAAGCUGGUUUGGAGACUACAGCUUGGACUAAAUUCAGUCACCUGGCCGUGUGGGGAAGCAUGCUGAUCUGGCUUGUGUUUUUUGGUGUCUACUCAACCAUCUGGCCCACCAUCCCCAUUGCUCCAGACAUGAAAGGGCAGGCAACUAUGGUCCUGAGCUCUGCACACUUCUGGUUGGGAUUAUUUCUGGUUCCUACUGCUUGUUUGAUGGAAGAUGUAGCGUGGAGAGCGGCCAAGCACACCUACAAAAAGACAUUGCUGGAGGAGGUGCAGGAGCUGGAAACCAAGUCCAGAGUGAUGGGGAAAGCAAUGCUGAGGGACAGUAAUGGAAAGAGGAUGAAUGAGCGCGACCGCCUCAUCAAGAGGCUCAGCAGAAAGACACCCCCAACCCUCUUCCGAGGCGGCUCCAUCCAGCAGUGUGUCUCACAUGGGUAUGCCUUUUCCCAAGAAGAACAUGGAGCUGUUACUCAGGAAGAAAUAGUUCGAGCUUAUGACACCACCAAAAAUAAGUCAAAGAAGAAAUAAGAUGCAACUUUUCCCAACUGCUCCAAGGGAAGAGAUGCUGUUUGUUUCAUCCAGUGUUAGCACUUCUUUGUCAGAAGAGACUGGUGUCCACAGCCAAAACAACCUGAAAACACAUUUCUGUGGCCUUAGCCAACCAGUUUGUUAGUUACAUAUUCCUUUGCAAGCCUGGAGCACAGACCACAGGGAAAGCCAUUUUUCCCUCCCUAUUUGUCUGAAGCGCUUGGCCUAAACUUUUGUUUACGUUGUUAUAAAGCAUUCAACUGUGCUCUUCGAGGUGUGAAAUUAAAAACACUAUGUUUCACCAAUAUUUAAACAUCAUUACUAGUUGUUCUGGGAGAAAGAGAAAGGAGUUUUAUGUUGCAUGAAAGAUCCAUCCUGUGUAAUUGGAUUGGGGCACACUUAUUUCCUGUUUGUUAACUCACAGAUUAGUUCCAAGGAGCAGCAAGAAAACCUCACGUUAGGCACGUUGUUUACUCCCUUGCGUUCAUUCCUGGCUUGUAUGAAGCGGCAUAAACCUCUUGAUUGCAGUGAAAUCACAAAAUUCUCUGGUUUGCUGGGGGUAAACUCGAGAACAUUUCUUUGGACCUCUGAGCCACAUUCCCAGGAAGAUCACUCAGCUGGUGCCCCAUGCAUUCUCCUGCACCUUUGUAGGUGCCAGCUGGCUGGCUGGUCCUUCCACUGUUGUCUGGGUGUUCCUUGUCCUCAGACCUCCGCCACGGGGCUUGGUGCACGCAGCUGGCGUGAAGCCCACCCUAAACUGCACUUUCCCUUGUUCCACUGCAGAUUCAGAUAUGGAUGCCAGAAAUCCCUUCUUCCACCACUCAUUUAAUUCUGUAACUAAAGAGGAGAAACACUGCUAUUUUACAUAUAUCCUAGACAUUUACCCCUUUCUGACAAGGGAUCCGAGGGCCAGGGUGGUGGCGGGACCCUUCUGCUCUGCUCUGCUUUGGCUGUGAGUACACAUCUCACAACCCUGAUCAUUGGGUCUUAGCAGCCACCUCAGAAUCCAUGCUUGUUUCUUAGGGGGUUCAGAGCACAUUCUGGAAUUUUACUGCUGAGAAACGAAUUUAUAACAUGCUUGCAAGUGAAAGGAGAUACCUGUCACUCUGUAGCUCUAGAAUCAGGAGGAGCAAACCCAGAGGGACAGCAGAGGGUCGUGAGACUGAGGAAGCUGACCACAGAGGUCCUCAGAGGCAAUGCAGUGUGCUCAGGAUUGGAGGCAGAUACAAAGAACAUUCCUGCCAAAUCUCUUCAGUAGAAACUCUCACACAGAGGCCCAGACAAUUGCCAUGAUCAGCCACCUACGGACAAGACCUUGCCACACACUUUUAGUGAAAAGAAUUCCAGGUAUCUCAAGGAAAUGUCCAUUUUUAGUACUUCUUUCCUUUCCUUUCCUUAUGCAGUCAGCUUUAUCACAGGCCUGUCCUGGGUUCUGAGACCGGGAAGGGAAGUACAAGUCACUGACUUCCCCCUGCCAUCCCCCAUUCAGAGCUGGAACGGAGCUCACAGGCAGGCAUGGGAGCACCUGGAGCCCUCAAUACCUGAACCUUAGAGGCAGAUCCCCUCCUUUUUGGUAACCCAACCAGAUUUUUUGAUGAUUUAAAUUCAUCUGGGCAACUUUUACUGGUUAAAAUGGCACAAUUCCUUGAAGAAUGGUGUGCUAACUUGGUAAAUAAAACAAUAGUGCACUCUGCUUCUUAACCCUUUAUUUUUGGAACAUCCACAACUUCCUGGAUUUUGCAAUAACAUAGAAUAUGAUUUGCACUCACAUAAGAAAACUAAUUCCCACUUGUGAGGUGACCAGGAUAGGAUACAGGGAGGACUGGAGAGCCACAAAAUAGAGCAGUUAUGGGGCUCAGAAAGUUUUCUUCCCUUCCUCUCCAAGGCAAACAAAACAUGUUUAAAUUCUAGAGCACCCAGCCAUUUGAAUCCCUAAAGACUCCCACACAGGGAUGAGGACAGGAGAUUAACACAACAAACCAAGGUGUGAUUAUUUAUUGCACGUGCAGAAAGGUAAUGGUCAAACUAAAGAAGAGAAAGGAAAAUUAGAAUUGAAAGUGCACUAGGCAUCUUGACAAUUUGGUUUCUUUCAUCUGGGAACAAAGCUGAUUUGGAAAGACCGAAUGAAAACUCAAUUCUUUGUCAAGCACUUAGCCCUUUCUUGAACUUGACUUUCAAAUCAGAUUUGUGGAGGAAAUGUGUUUGUGUUUAGAGAUUUUUUUUUUUUGCUUUUUAUUUUAUAUUUUAUAUUAAAGUACAGUGUGCAUUUUCUGGGAUUGAAGUACAUUUUCCUUUUCUUUGAGAAGUAGACUAAACAAUCGUCACGAUGAUGAGGUAUGUACACAAAAGAAAACAUUUCUAGAAGGGAUGCCUUUCUAUUUAUUCUCUCAUGUGAUUAAGCUUUUUUAUAGACAAAUGACUAAAUUGGGUUUCUAGGCAAGGCAGCUCUCAUGACGUGUGAUAUAUAAUAUUUAACCUGGGCCAGCGAGGGGCUAUGUCAUUUGUCCUAUCUUUAAAUUGAGGUCAGGGUGUCACACACAGCCCCUUCCCAGGGAGCAGAGUGGACUGGACUGGGUUGCGUAUCUGGCUGUCAGCUCAGUGGAAAUGUCGCGUGGGACUUAUCACACCCACACACAGUAAGUGACUGCCAGGACAGAAGGUCAGACUCAGUCAGCACUUCAGUGCCUGCCGGUGGGCUGGACUGAGUUAGAAGAACCCACCCAGGCAAACCUUUAAGCUGUAUGCAGACAGCUGGCUCUUGUUUGAGGCUGACUGCAAACAGCAAGACAGGUCAUUCUCUGAGUUUGGUUCUGGGUCCUGCCACACUAACACCCAUUCCCAUUGAUGGCUGUAGAAAACACGUUGUGGAGGGAGAAAGAGGGACCAGGAGAAGCUACCAAGUUUUGGCCCAGAAGUAUGAAUAAACACGAAUCGCUGCUCAGAGUGGGUUUUGUAGUAAUUUGGGGAGUGUAGCUGAUGUGUUUGUCCUGUCUCAAGGCAGAAUAUUCCAGAUUUUUUGACCAGCAUUAUUUUCUCUCAUCUCCCAAUGCACAUGUACACACACAAAAACAAAAACAUGACUUACUUGAAUCAGCGUACCACACAAAAUCUAUGUUUUGGAGAAAGUAAGUGGCAUUUCUUUAACAUUUGUCAAGAAAUACUUUAAAAAGUGAACUAGAACAGCAGAGCUUGGCGGAGAACUCUGUUGACAUUUUCUCUUUCUGGACAAGACUUCAGGAUUGCUAUAGGGAGCUGGCAGUGAAAACCAGCAAUAACUUAUCAAGAAGCAGUGAAUGAUGAAAAGAAAAUUGAUUCUAUGUAGCUAAUGUUUGAAAAUGUAUAUGGCCAUAUGGAUUACAGGAUUCACGUUUGAAUAUUUUUAAAAAGAAAAUUUUGACCUAUAAUCUGUUUGUUAUAACAAUGAUCUCCCCAUUUUUUUUAACCAUAAGUAAGAGAAUUUUCAGUCAGAUAUUCCUGUUCCUAAGGCUAUAUGUCUUAAAACAUAAGUAGAAUAUAAUGUUUGCAAAACUCUGCUGUAAGAUAAGGUAGUCUUUAGUUUUGAACCUGUGAAAGGACUGCACAGUUCAGUCAGGGUUUGGAUUACUGCCCAGGGUCAUUGUCACAAACCAAUUCAAGGAAUGAUUUAGCUUCACCAUUUGAAAUGUAGCCUGGGAUCCAUUAAAAAAAAAUUUUGCACAGGGAAGCUGGCUAAGCACAGCCUAAAAUAACAACUUGGCAAAGAAAUGAGUUUAUCAGGUAAAGUCAAAACAUGGUGUUGCCUGUCAAACUCAUUACAUUCUUCAUGCAAAUGUUUAAAUUAA